AUGAUCAUUCGUCAUCAUCUAGUUGAGAGUCUCAAGAAUCAAUAUCUAACCAUUGAGGAUCCACUAGAUCUUGGGAACGAAUUGAAAUCGAGAUAUGAUCACCAGAGAACGGUGAUCUUACCUAAGGCUCGAUCUGAUUGGAGAGAUCUAAGAAUCCAAGACUAUAAGUCUGUGGACGAGUACAACUCGGCCAUGUUUAAGAUCGUUUCAAAGUUGAAACUGUGUGGUGAAAGUAUUACGGAUGAGGAUACUUUGAGAAAGAAUAAUGAAUUACUAAUGAGAAACAGUGAGAUGAGACCUGUUGGCUCAGCAGCACCACCUGAAGCACACACCACUGAGGACAAUAAAGAGUCCCAUUAUGUCCAAGGAAACGACUAUCAUGGCCGUGGUCGAGGAAGUAGAAACAGACAAGGCUGUGGCCGAAAGAGUUUGAAAGGGAAGAAUCAUGAAGCCCAUAUGGUUUAUCAAGACAAUGAAAAAGACUUCGAUCAUGACAAGGAAGAUCUUAUGGAUUAUGAAACUUCAGAUUGUCUCAAAGACUGA